UGCAGGAGUCAGCAGAGUUGUUUCUUAUACAGGCGACAGACUGAAGCAUUGAAAAAGGUGCCUGUGACACCCUAUUCUGGGGAUGGUGGGUGAGUGAUGUUGGGGGAGAGCGUGGUGGUGAGCGGGGGAGGGGGCGCCACCCUCCUCCGCCCACGCUCUGCAGACAACCUGGCCUGCCUAGCACCCGUCUCCUCCCUUCCCACCCUCGACGACCUCGCCGAGUCUGAGGUCUUUGUAGGGGAUGAAGAUGACGAUGUUGCUAUUAACCUUGAAUCCAGGUAUGUCGAGGACAUAUACUCCCGUCCGUCCACACUAGACCAAAUGAUGGCCCACUGUGUGUCACCUAGUGAUAGUAGCUGUGAUGUAACUUCACCUGAUCUGCACUCACCAACUGGUCCCUUGCCUACUACCACCCUUUUGAUUAAUUACCAUGAUGAAGCUUUAAGAUUGCCACUGGAUGCUGUAAAAGAGGAGGUAGAAGCUGAAGCUCUUGAGGAAGCUAUUAUGAUAAUGUCUAGCGAGCCUGGAUCUCUUAGUCAUAUUUCUCUCACUUCUUCAGUUAUUUCAAACACUUCCCAGGACGAUAGCACACUCUCGUCCCGCACUGACACCUUUGAUACUGUGGUGGCGGUACCAACCGGUGAGUCUUCUCCCCCACCUGAGGUGUCAAGUAUCAGCCCAACACCCAAUAAAAGUACUCCAGGUCGCCCUGCUAACAGAGAUACAUCACGAGUGUCGGGUACACCUACCCGGACGUCCCCCACCUCGCCCCGUGGGUCGUCAGGUCGCAGUUCUCCCCGCACCUCCACGGACUCUCCCCGCACGCCUGAGAGACGACGCAAGGCAAGUGCUUCAUCUUCCCCCAGAAGUGAUAGCAGUAGAGGAAGCACUCCCAGGGCAGCAGCCAUGCGGACAACUCCACGCGGAGUAGACAAAACCAAAGCUGAAGAGAAGAAAAUAGUAAGAAAUUCCGGACGCAGUGGAAGUACAGUUUCUGAACGGAAACAUUGUGCUCGAAUGCAGGAUUCUGCAGGGAAAAGAGACACUGACAAGUCCUUUGGUUUUGUUCGUAGCAAACCAGCUGAUAAAGAUCACGUUGAGGAUAAGAGUAGCGCUUUCGGACGUAAAAAGAAAACUGAUGCCAAAGAUAUUAAAUACGAUACUGAAUCCAAAUUGUGUACAAUAGGUCGAAGAAAGAAGGAUGCCAAAAGCGAAAAGGAUGAGGUUGCUGAUAAAUAUGGUACAUUAUCUAGGCGUAAGAAAGCUAAGGAAAGCGGCGAUAGCAAAGAAGAGUUCAAGGAUAAGCCCUUGUCCAAAGAUAAUAAAAAUACUCUGGAUAUGUAUGCCACACUACCAAGGCGAAAAGCCCGUGAGAUGAGCGCAAGAUGGCGAGAACAAAUGGCUGCAGAAGACGAGGCAUCCAAGUGUUCCUUGAGACGCACUAAGUCAGUGGGUAAAUCAGAAGCCAUGAGUAGUGUCACUCGAGGACGAGCCUCGGUGAUGACAGCAAGUUUCCCAGGGUCUUCUGCAACAGGUCUUAGCAGGCCACGAAGCCCGCGUUCCGUCCACCAUGAAGCUAAAUCUACCUCAACUUCCACUUUAAGUGCACGCAAAGAAAGGACCAUAAUAUGCAUGGAAAUUGGUGUGCAAACUUCACUGACAGGAGGAGAUCUUGUGAAUGCUCUGAGAGCUCUCUCACGACAGAACUCUCUUGGUACAGAGGAGGAUGAAGAGGAACCAGCCGAGACACGGCCACAUGUUUCUAUAAUAAGGGAGAUGAAACCACCAGUUGAUCUACCAGAUAGACGACAUGUUGAGGUCCAGGUAGAGCUUGCUUGGCGCCUGGGUGAUGGGGAGCUGCCAGAGCACGUGCGACGCCUGACGGAGGAGCACGCCAGACUCCAGACGGAGCACGCUCGAGCCAGGUCCCGCCUCGACGAGAUGGAGAAUAUACGUCAGGAACUGCAGAAGGUGAAGGCUGCCCUGGAGGAGGAGCGCUUAGAGAAGGAGGAAGUUCAGGGAGAGCUGGACAGGACCUCUCAGAGAGUCAAGGAUAUGCUAGUCUCCAUGGAGGGAGUCGAAUACGAGUUCAACAGCAGAGGUGACAGUUUGAUGGAACUGGAAACUCAGCUUCAUCACUCAGCAGAUAUUAAUGUACAAAUGCAAGAGAAGCUCAACCAGUAUGAAGAAUACACACACAAGAUUAAACGGGACUUGGACAAGAGCGUUGCAGCCCAGAAGACGCUCUUGCAACAAGUUCAAGAUUUAGAAAAUGAAGGCCGAGAGAUAGCUGAUUUCAUGGCUGAAGAGAAAAAUGCCCUUGCCGAAUGUUUACGUGAAGCUGAGACUGAGCUUGUAAAUUUAAGAGCAAAAAUGAAACGUACAGCAAAGUUUAAGGAAAAAGAUGAAAAAGCAAGACACAUGGUGGGGUUAGCAAAAAGAAAGAGGAAUAAGUAUAUGAUGCUUCAGUCGGAGAUGAAUUGUAUGCAGUCUCGAACACGUGACAUGAUGGUUUGUCAGGGAGCGGAGGUGUCUGGGGCAGCUGUGGCCCUAGCCAAUUUGUCCUCACGUUUACAAACUUUGAUUGGGAAGCUUGUACAAGAUUACUCUAUAACUGAUUCUGAUAUGGAAAUGAUUGUAACACCCAGUGAGUCAGAUAGCAGUGCAUCUUCUACUAAUGGAACACCAGAACAUAAGUCACCAUACAAGGGUUCUGCUCGAACACCUUCUCCUCGCAAGACUGCUUCAUUUAUAACUGCUCUCAUUAGUGCUAUGAUAACAGGACCAAAGAGCAAGAUUAACCAGUCUGGAGGCUUAUUACCAUUUAAUGCUAAUAAACAGGAAACAGAAGGAAGAAAUUCCCCUGAAGGCUCUGAGAGUUACGAAGUUGUGGAACAUGAUGGCAUCAGUGGACCAUCACACAGCAGCAGCGUCUCACUAGCAGAUCAAGUUACAGAGGUGGAUAUUCUUCUUACCCGCUUCCUUAAAGUGUGUUGUGUCUUGAAGAAUGACACUGAUAACCGCCUCUCUGAGAUUGAAGACGAAAAUGACCGUCUCUGUAACCAGAUUCGCUCUCAGCAGCAAGUUAUUGACCAGCAACAAUCUGAUUAUGAGAACCUUAGCCGUUCAGAGACACGAGUCAAGCGGGAACUGACAGUUUCUAAACGUGAUUUGGAUGAGGCAAAUCAAAACCUUAAAAAAUUUUACCAAGCUGAUUAUGAAUUAGAAGUAAAGAAACUCCAGGAUGAAGUUGAGCGACUUGGAGCAGCAAUACGUCACCUUGAAGUUCUGCACACUGAGAAGGAGAAGCAGCUGGAAGAAUGUUUGGCAUCGUUGUCUGCUGCCCAGGGUCCAGCCCCACCCAACCAUGUCUCUGAGGCAGCUCACCAACACCAGAUUACCUCUCUCAAUGAUAAGGUUACUUCUCUGCGCCAAAGCGUAAUUGAGCGAGACAGACGGAUUAACGAGUUGAGUGAGCGACAUUCACAAGACCUUAAAGCCAUUCAUGAAGCUCAGGUGGAAGCUCAUCGAAGUAAUCGUCGAUUUACAACUACAAUUGACCACGUCUUAAAGACUCUGGAGGGCAUCCCAGACAUUGUCUCUAAUAAUUUGAGCCUCAAGCAACUAUUUACCACUCUUGUUGCUGCUGAGAAGACUACCAAGCAGAACAAUGAAAACAUUAAUACUCAGAAUGGAUUUGGAAACACAGUCAACAAUAAAGACAUGAAUGCUAAUCCUCAAUCAAUUAUAGAUUCCGGAAUUAACAACAAAAUUCUCGCAUCAGCAUUAAAGUCAGAAACCCACCUUUGAGGUUCUUAUUUAUAAUAUUUACCAAGCAGUAUCCCACUCAGCCUUGUUCAUUCAUAUUAAAAUGAACUCGAGUGUCUUCACCAGUGAAUAUGAUGUGCAAAGCUUUACAACAUUUGUUGAAUUAUAUGCCCAUAUUAAUGCGUAUAAAGAACUUUUGUUUGGUGUGGAUAGUAACAUUAUGUAUCCAUUUAGGUGCGUAGUUUAGCAUGUUAAUAUAAUGGCACAUUUGUACAUUCCUCUGCCUCACAUUGAAGGAAAAUCAUGAUUUAAUUGUAGAUUGGAUUCCUUCAGCAGCUGUAUUGAUGAGUAUCAAAAUCUUACCAUUCAGAUAUUCAUGCCUAAUGUUUGUGCACACAGUUUGCCAUAAGCAUUGUAAUCAUAAGUUUAAACCAGAAUAUUAAUAUUUAUAAGAAGGUUUACACUUGUAAUAUAAUUUUCUUCCCAUUUAGCAUCUUUUGCUUUCCAUGUAACACCAAAGCUUCUUCAUGUUAAUGCUAACUCAAGCCUAGAAGGGGAACACAAGAAAUUUAAGUUUCCAAACAACAGUAUUUGCUGCAUGGCAAUUAUAAAUACUAUAUUCAGCUGCUAGUUUUGCAGCAGUACUACACAAUAAUGCAAAUUUCCUCUUGAGAGAGAAAUUUUAAUAUAAACUAGAUGAGAAUCUUGUGCACAUUAUUAGCACAUUUGUUCUAUUGUAUGUAUAUGUCUGGUAAGCAUUGGCUGGAACCUGAUAUUUCUCAAAAAAUUGCAGUUGUUAAUCACUGUAAUUUGACAAAAAACUGCACAUCUGAUAAAAAGCUGUGCAUGAAUUUUUUCUUUGAGAAAACGAUGGAAUAUUUAAGCUUUGACGAGCAUUGAUUUUAACUCUAGAAUACGUAUUUAAUGGUAAUACUUCAAUUGCUGCAUCAUUUAAAUGCUCACAACAGCAGUAUGUAAUGACAAUGUUAUUAAGAUGCCAUAUAUACUUAGCCACCCAGAUGUGCAGAGCAGUAUUUUAUUUUAAUGUGGUAUAGAGGAUUUUAUCUGGUAACCUGUGUUGAGUGACCCAUACAGGUUUACUGCUUUUCAGGAAUAUAAUAUUAAUAUUGCAGCUUGGGCAUGUAUGUAAAUUGUGUUAUAGCAACACAUCUCUCAACCAAAGUCUAGUAUAUUCUAGAGAAUAAAAAUGAAGCAGGUAAUAUAACUGUUACUGCUACAUAUUCUUUGUGAUGAAACAUGGAUUGAUAUUACUUUUAUUGGGCAGUUAUAUGCUGUUUCUGGUAAAAAUUUAACUGGAUGAUUGAAAGGAAUUUCUGUCCAAAGCCUUUACUCUUUUGUGAAUAUUUAUUUUAUGAAAAGUUUUUCCCUGACCAGUAAUAAUAUUACCUUACUUCUUUAUAUUAUUAAUCUAUUUAAGAAGAUUGCCUUUUGUAAAUAUAUAAUAAAAUAUUAGUAUGAUUGAGAAGAUUAGAUGAUUUUUUCCCAAGUGUAGAUUAGUUUUAAUGAUCUCGUUUUGGUUUUGUUUGGCUUAGUUGCCAGCCUUGUAUUUUGUACUUAGCAUUUUAAUAAAGAAAUUUAAGUAGA